AAAGCUUCGUAAAAUUUGUUAUAGGAAUCUAAAUAACGCUAACGUGUUCAGCAAAAAAGAUACAAACCGACAAACUGAAUGCCAGUGAAAACAUUUCUAUAAACCAUCGGGACAGCUGAUUCGCGGUAUCUUCUUCGAAGACCAUCGUACAUCUAGCACGAAUGCAAAGCAUCGCGAUGCGGUGUAGCUACGCGCCGCUAGUGACGACAUGGGUAUAUUUGCUGUCAUAUCGCGGUGAAGAGCGGCUGGCCAGAGCUUGCUUUCCAUCCCAGAGCAGAAACCUUAACGAUAUCCUGGAGGAGGGGCUGCGCUCCCAACGGCAAGAGGAUCGGGUGACUCUGACCUUUCCUCCGUCCAACCCCCCGGAGAGCCUGCUGCGACGUCCCCGCCCCGGGGAGGACGCGUCGUUUGACUGCCAAGUCCCCGCCGCCAAGGACGUCCGCAGCAUUGCCUGGCUGCACCAGAACCGGCCCAUCUUCGAAGGCGGUCGCGUCGUCCCCCGGAAAACGGGCGGCCAACAGUACCGGUUUUCUAUCUCCAGCCCGACAUUUACCCUGACCAUCGUCAACGUCACGCUGCAGUCCAGCGGCACGGUGGUCUGCGUGGACGCCGUCCCCCGCCCGCACUACAGCCCGGAGCCGCCGAUGGUCUUCACGCAGUAUACGCUGCUGCCGCUGGUCAGCCGGGCCAGCGAGGUCCUUGUGCCGGUGCCGAUGGCGCAGCAGUCCGCUCGCGCUGGCCAGAACCUGACCAUUCCCUGCAACGUCCGCUUGCCGCUGUCCGACGCCGUAGUGGACAAUUUCCGCAACCAUUUCAUGUGGCGCCACAACGGCCAGGUGGUGUACGCUCCCACCGAACCGCCGUACGCCGCGCUGUGGCCCACGGGUCUGCGCCGGCCGUACUUAACGCUGUUCGAUCGCUUUGAGAGCUAUCGUCCCGGCGCCACGGCCAGCUUCUACAUGACUCUGGAGUCCACCACCGCCGACGUCAACGGCUACGUGGAGUGCUGGUUCCGGCCGCAUGCCGCGGUCCACGAAUGGAUCGUGCAGCGGAGCGCGGUGGUCAUUGGGCCGCCUGCUCCCGCAUCGUGAUACGUUACAUUGAGGCGGCAACCAAGCGACGCGCUGCCCUUUCCCCAAACUCUAUAAAGGGCAGGCUUGAUGGUACCGUUUGACCGUGUACCGGCACAAUUACCUUUAACUAAUCGUAACUAUUACGUUCUGCGUAGAAUCACUCCAAUCUCCAUUUUCUCGGUUAUAUUGUGCUGCUAUAUCCUAUUGAUCAAUAGUUUUCUGCUGGUUUCUUUUUGUUGCGCUAUGAUUUAACCUGUUUGGUUACGUCGAACCAUUUCCGGGUGUCUUCCGGUGAUCAUAAUGCAGCUUCGAGCAUUCAUUCGUACAGAUAGUUUGUUGUAUUAUUAUUCUUUGCUGUUGAUCAGUUUCAAACUGGCCACGGUAUAAGUGGAAUGGGAUUAAUUCCCAUCUUUAGGGUA